CUUACGGCACUGUUACGUCACACCUCUUGCUCAGCAGAAGAGCCGCUGCCCGAAAACUUAUGACUGCAGAUGUGCAGCCCAGGAUUAACCGACAAAACGCGGACUGAUGGAUCAUACAGAGCGUCAUGAAAGAGUUUGACGCUGUGGGGGGUGAGAAAGAUGAACAGUGGGCUGUGAGUGAGGACAAUGAAGAGGAGGCUCCAAUGAGUCGCAGUUUUUCGGUUGAAGACCUCCUUGAUGAGGUGGAGAAGAUCUGUUAUGAUGCUUCAGGCACGUCAAAGGUGGAGAUGGUGGUGAGGCUGUGGAAGGAUGGCUUCACUGUAAAUGAUGGGGAGUUUCGCAGCUACUCUGUACCAGCAAAUCAAGAUUUCCUGGAGGCCAUAAAGAGAGGGGAGCUUCCAGCAGAGUGGGAGAGCAGAGCAGAAGAGGAGGAGCUGGAGAUCAGUGUGGAGGAUCUUAAGGAGGAAAAUUACGUUCCCAAAAAGAAGACUUUUCAUCCUUUCAGUGGUCGAGGAUACCGACUUGGCAGUGUUGCUCCCAGAGUUGUGGCCAGGUCACCAUCUGUGCACGAGGAUGGAGAAUCUCCUCCUAUUCCCAUGGUAACACUAGACCACGCCCUUCCUGUUACCUCCCUGCAGAUCUGGUUGGCUGAUGGCAGGAGACUGGUGCAGAGGUUUAACCUAUCACAUCGUAUCACUGAUGUUCAAGAUUUUGUGGCACGCUGCCAGAGGAGCUGCCCACCUUUCACCCUGACGACUUCACUCCCUUUCCGAGAGCUUAACGACAAAGAAUUGAGUUUAGAAGAGGCAGAUUUGGCCAAUGCUGUCAUUAUCCAGAGACCCCUGAACACACAGGCUCCUUUUGGACACUCCUGACCAACAGGGCCCCAUAAUCCAACCUAGCAUGUGACUCCCUCACCCACCCCUCUUCCUUCCACUGACACAUCGCUAUCCUCCUAAUAGCAACCUCAGAAUAUUUAUUUCUCUACCCUCCAGUUGGUACUGCAUUUGAUGAUUCUUAUUCCCCUCUGUGGUGUCUUUGUGGGGGUAGCUCGCCAGAUUAUUCACAAAGGUGCAGCUGAGGAGGCGUUGACAGUGAUUGCUUGGUGUUCUCACUCUGGAGGAGUCACCUGCCAACAGGUCUGCCUUUAACCCGCAAACUGCAAAAAAUAAAUAAAUAAAUAAAUAAAAAUGACAUCAUCCAACAGAUGAUCAACUCUGUGUGCUCAUUUGUUUUAAUCUGCAACAUCUAAGCUCCUCCUCCGCUUCACCUCACAGCCACAGUCCCACAUCCAUCCACAACAAAGUCUCUGAAGUCUUCCCAAAGUGCAAUCACUACUUUCUGUUAUAUGCACUUCUAUACAGGACUGAUGGGUUAAGUUUACAGUUGUACACUAAUGAUUAUAUUAUGUUUUGUUUGCAUAUUAUCUCCAUAAAGAAGUUAUUUAUCUUGGUUUGUUUUUUUUUUCUUUCUUUUGGGAUCCGUUGGGUUUUUAUUUGAUGUGUUUCCUGUUAAUAUUUCCCUUUGUUUUAUGUAUGAGUAGGAAAACAUAUCACAAAUCAAAACUAUGAUAAUAAAAAUUCUCCUCAAGGUUGA